CUUUGACAAUUAGCGAACUGUCAAAGCAGUUGUCAGUUUGCCACCAUGGCGGCCGCGAUGCUGUCAAACAAGAAUUUGAGCAAAUUAAUUCGACAUCACAUUAAAUUCGCCAAAUCUUUACACAGUAAGACAUUAAAUAUAGUAAACAAGCCACCAUUAAAUAUAACAUGUCAACAAUGUGCAGCUGCAAGCCAUUACAGGCAUUACUCUUCGUCAAGCCCAAAUCCUUCUGGUGGGUCAGAUACGGCAAAAAAUGUGUUGGCAGCAGUGUUGGCAAACAAACCUAAAUCCGGAAAAAUACCUGUUGGUAUCCAAAAAAGAGACUGCUUUCACCCAGGUGCAUCUGUUUUGUCUCGUGAAGAUAUAAACCUGGGGGAUGCGAAGCCGGUCUCCGGAAUGGAUAUGAUCCGCGGGAUGAUGGAAUAUGUAUGGCCUAAGGACAAUGAAGCAAUCAGAAACCGCGUGAUGCUCUCCCUGUCCCUGUUGUUCGGAGCCAAGGUGGUGAACGUGUCGGUUCCCUUCCUCUUCAAGUACGCCAUCGAUGAAGUCAACGAAGCCGCUGUCACGCCGGCCGGGGAGGCCCUGCUAGGGGUUGCCACCGUACCACAAGCUGUGGGCACUACAGCAUUUGCCUUGCUAGUUGGAUAUGGUAUAGCCCGUGCGACGGCGGCGGGUUUCAACGAGCUGAGGAACGCAGUGUUUGCGAAGGUGGCUCAGCACUCCAUCAGGAAGCUGGCCUGCAACGUCUUCAUACAUCUGCAUAAUCUCGAUCUCAGUUUCCAUCUCGGCAGGCAGACUGGAGCUCUGUCAAAAACUAUAGACCGUGGCUCCCGUGCCAUUAACUUCGUGCUAUCAGCGAUGGUGUUCAACAUAGUGCCGACUAUAUUCGAGCUGACCCUCGUUUCCACCAUACUCGGGCUUAAGGGAGGACUGGCUUUUACUGGUCUGGCGUGGGCUUGCGUGGGAGUGUACGCCGCGUUCACGUUGGCGAUCACGCAAUGGCGGACCAAGUUCCGCGUUUAUAUGAACAAGGCGGAGAACGAUGCGGGGAACAAGGCCAUAGACUCACUCAUCAACUAUGAAACUGUUAAGUACUUCAACAACGAGAAGUACGAGCUACAGAAAUACGACGUCAGCCUGAAGAAGUACGAGGACGCGUCCCUGAAGACUGCGUCGAGUCUCGCACUCCUCAACUUUGGCCAGCACGCCAUCUUCAGCGCGGGACUCAGUAUGAUCAUGAUCAUGGCCGCCAACCAAAUCGCUGAGGGUAACAUGACGGUGGGCGACCUGGUGAUGGUGAACGGUCUCCUGUUCCAGCUGUCCAUCCCGCUGGGCUUCCUCGGCUCCGUCUACCGCGAGGUCCGCCAGGCACUCAUCGACAUGCAGACCAUGUUCACGCUCAUGACUGUCCAGUCUAGGAUUAAGGAAAAAGAUAAGGCUCCGCCUCUCAUAUGCGACGCAAAGACGGCGACGAUAGAGUUCAAAGACGUCAGCUUCAAGUACGUGAACGGCAAGCCUAUCUUCAACAACCUGACUUUGACUAUUCCUGCUGGGAAGAAGAUCGGCAUCGUCGGCGGGUCCGGCAGCGGUAAGUCGACGAUGGUGCGCCUCUUGUUCCGUUUCUUCGAGCCCCAGUCGGGCACCAUUAAGGUGGCCGGACAGAAUAUUCGGGACCUCGACCUUGCUAGCCUAAGGAAAGCUAUCGCAGUUGUUCCACAGGACUGCGUACUGUUCCACGACACGAUAUUCCACAACCUGCACUACGGUGACCUGACCAAGUCGGAGGAACACGUCUACAAGGCCAGCAAGAUGGCGGAGCUACACGAGUCGGUGCAGACCUGGCCUAAGGGUUACGACACUCAGGUAGGUGAGCGCGGCCUGAAGCUGUCCGGCGGAGAGAAGCAGAGAGUCGCCAUCGCGCGCGCCAUACUCAAAGACUCGCCCAUCAUCAUCUUCGACGAGGCCACUUCUAGUUUGGACUCACUUACUGAACAUGCUAUCCUACAAGCGUUGAAAGCAGCGACAGUGGGUCGGACCUCAAUCUGUAUAGCGCAUCGACUGUCAACAGUCGCUGACGCGGACGAGAUCCUUGUCCUAGAAAACGGGAAUAUAUCGGAGCGAGGCACUCACGCGGAGCUAGUGUCGCGGCCCAACAGCCUCUACUCGCGGCUGUGGGAGAAGCAGAAGGAGUCCCCUCCCACCGCGACCUCCCCGCGCCCUCCCGUCCCUGCCGCCGCGCCGACCACCGCCGCUAGUGCCGCCAGUUCCACGGUAUCCGGAGUACCGAAGUGAAACCCUAGUCAAAUCCCUAGACAAUUUCUAUCGAAGACCUUCUUGUGAUACAAAAACGGUCCCUUCGUUGAGGCGAUCGUUCUAAUAGUUCAAUCACUGACUAUAAAAACGUGUCAUAUGCCCUAUGAACUUCAAGUGCUGGCUUGUUUCCGUAUUUUCAAAAUUUAGAUCUAAAAGAUUUGGGUCUGAAAUAAAAUUGAUUUUGUUUACUCAUGACGAUUGGGUUCAGUGCUAUGUUUAUACCAAAUUUAUUUUAAGCGUGCCGUCUGAGAGACAGCUUGGAUUUUGUAAGAGUUAGCAAUAUUUGCACAAUAUUGAGAAACCUUUUUGUUCAGUAAAUGAGAAGCUGGACCUAAAGGAAGUUUUAAAUUAUAAUCUUGUAACCAUUUUACUGCGGCUUAAGACACAAUGAGUCGACAUGUGACGUUCUUGUGAUGUUAUUUAUUGUGUACGUAAAGUGACCGUGUGUUCUAAGUCCGUAUAUAACGCAAAUUUCGAAGAUGAUAGCCGGAGAUUUCGUCCAAAAGUGGCCUUUAAAUGGUUUGCUUAUUAACACAAGGAAGAGUUAAAACUAUGUUGAACGAAUUUCGUAAUUUGAACUAUAUUUUUUCCUUGUAUUUUAUAUCGAAUAUAUAAUAUAUUUUAAUUAGAAUAUAUGCUCAUACAAUUCAUUCAUUUGACAUUUUCAAAUAUAUUUUUUAUUUUAUUAAUUUUAUUCUAUUGUACGAGGCCAUUUUUGUGACGUCACACCUCAGUCAAGGACUUAGCAAACUGACACGAGAUAAAAAUAAAUAAAUGUUGAGAAUUGUGAAGUGUUUAUGUAUAUAAAAAGUUGAUACAAUGUACAGUAAGUGACUUGUUGAUUAAGUAUAUUAUUUUGGUUACAU